AUGUCAGGAUACGGAAACGAGGGUUACGGUGGCCAGCAAGGUGGAGGAUAUGGUGGUGAGGGAAGACAAGGCGGUGGAUAUGGUGGUCAGCAAGGCGGAGGAUAUAGUGGAGAGGGAAGACAUGGUGGUGGAUAUGAUGGUCAACAAAGUGGUGGAUAUGGUGGUCAACAAAGUGGCGGAUAUGGUGGUCAACAGGGCGGCGGAUAUGGUGGUGAAGAGAGAAGAGAAGGUCACCACGGUGGUGCUAGUGGACCUGGCGCAGCAUUUGGCGGUGGAAACUUCAACGAAGAUCGUCGUCAAGGAGGUGGUGAAGCUCAAAGCUAUUACUCAGGUGGCGGACAAGGAGGACAAGGAGGACAAGAGGAAUUUCGCCACGGUGGUCGCGAUGAGAGAUAUGGAGGAAGUGGACAUAACUCAUACGGUGGUGGUGGAGGAUAUGGUGCAGAUGAUGAGGAUUUGAAUGGUGCAGCUCAUCAUGCUGCACAACACUCUGGUGACUCUGGCGAUUCGAGCAUCUUUUCUAGCGUCUUGGGUUAUUUGGGCAAGAACAAGAGCAACAUCAGUUCCCAGGAUGUUGACGAGCAAGAAGCCGUAAACUCCCACAAACAAUUCUAUGGGGGUGGUGGUAGUUCUUCUGGUGGCUCCGCAUCUUCAUCCAGCAUGGGUAGUGCCGCAGCAAUGCAAGCACUCAAGAUGUUUAGCGGUGGCUCAUCCGGAAAUUCCUCGUCUGGAAACUCUCAAAAUGCAUUUGUUGGGAUGGCAAUGGCACAAGCCAGUAAAUUAUUCGAUCAGCAAAGCAGCCAAGGAAAUGUUUCCUCCGGUUCUUCCAAGGAAAGUGUUGUUCAACAAGCAGGUGAAAUGGCUCUCAAGAUGUACAUGAAGAGUCAGGGAGGUGGAAGCUCGAGUGGAAGCUCGGGCGGUAUGAGUGGAUUGAUGGGAUUGGCUAGUAAAUUCAUGUAA